GGAGCGGUUCAGUCGGCUCAGUCGCAGCCGCAUCUUACCAUCCAUCUUCAUCCUCAUCACCGACAAAACCAAUCAAGCUAUCAAGCUAUUAUGACAGCUCUCCGCCCCUCCAUGGCGGCACUGAGCCGCUCAAUGCUGCGUAGUGGCAUGAGCAAGCAAGUGCCUCGAGCAUCAACCAUUCUCCCCCUUCGCCCACCAGUCCUCGGCCAGCUGCGUGGCGUAAGGACAAGUCCCUUUGGACGAGGCAACAACAACAACGGUAGCAGCUCUGGUCUCGGCGCAGGAGGGUCAGGGUCUCAAGCAGUUGGCGCUCAAACAGCGCCAGUGCCUUCCUUCUCCUUCCCUCACGAGGCUCCCUCCGCCGACGCCCCUCGCUCCUUCUCGGCGCCCGGUGGCUGGACUCGAGCUCUGACUUCGUUGGGUAUCAUCGGUGGUACGGCUCUCGCAGCCAAUGCCUUUUUGAACCGUGAGACGCGCGAUGGGCCCAUGGACGCCUUCUCUCGGGAAUACCUCAACAGCACCUUUAAGUACCUCGCCGGUGGACUGACUAUGACCGCCGGAGCCGCAGUGGCGCUGCAUCGUAUUGGCUUCUCGUACCGUCUCAUGUCAGCCAACCCGUGGCUCGUCCUUGGUCUGGGUCUCGCCACCUCCAUCGGCGGAAUGAUCGGGGCACAGACUCUCGAGCCUGGAUCUCCAGGGAAGCUGCUCAGCUGGGCUGUCUUCAACGCCUCGCAGGCCGCAGUGCUUAGCCCACUGCUCUUCUUUAGCCCCGCACUUCUCGCUCGCGCUGGUCUGUACACCGCAGGCAUCGUCGGCUCAAUCUGCUACGUAGGCGCAACGGCCAAGGACGGGCAGUACCUGUGGAUGGGCGGCCCCCUCCUUGCUGGUGUGACAGUCGUCGCGCUCAGCUCCCUCGCUCCCAUGAUCCUCCCCGCAACAGCCUUCCGCACUCUCGUCGCCACUGAGGCCAUCUCCCUCUACGGUGGUCUCGCGGUGUUCAGCGGCUUUGUUUUGUGGGACACGCAGAAGAUCUUGGCCCACGCAAAGGCAGCUCAGGCUGGGUAUGUCAGGGCUGACCCUCUCCGCGAGUCGAUUGGCCUCGAGCUGGAUGUGAUCAACAUCUUUGUCAGGAUGGUGCAGAUUUUGGCAAUGCAGCAGAACGGCGGCAAGAAGAAAUAGGCUGGCAGUGAGCUAAGCCAAGCUGCGGUCGUCGUGCGAGUACCAUGUCACAUCUCUGUAAUUCUGUUCAAACUAUCAAUGGUAUCACCACCUCUCACCGUACCCCGCCUCGCCGCCAUGUCACUCGCCCUCUCCCCCUCUUGCGACGGUCCCGCACGCAAAGCCUGUCGCGAAGCCCACGCUGGCCUCGACGAUCUGCUUGACCGCGUCAACCUCCGCCCCGUCCCUCGCAGGGUAGAUCAUCAAGUACGUAGGCGGCAACUUUUGCAGCCCUCUCGACCCACCACCCCUAUUCGUCAGC